CGGGAAAAUACGUAUUCUGCACGCAAGAGGAACAAGAAAAGCAGCAGCAGAUAUCGGGCGCACGUUGGUUGUGUUUGGCGCAGUGUGUGCUUUGGAGUGUGGAGACAUCCGAGAGACAGACAGACAGACAGACGGAGAAUGGCGAGUGGAAACCAGUUUGGGCGCUACGUGUGCCAGCUGCGCAAGGUGACCUUGAGCUACUGCCGCGGUGGCGUCACCAGCCAGGGCAUGAGGGAGCUCGUGGACGGACCUUUGGUCGACUUUUGCCAACAGAACCCACACAUUGUGUUCCAAAUACAACGCAAGCCAGGCACACAACCGCAUGUCCACGGCGAAUUCCUGAGUGGCCACUCGAAAUCGGUGUCUGUGAAAGGGAAGAGCGCCUCUGAUAUCCUGGACGCUGUGAAGCAGCUUGCGCGGGAAUCCGGUAACAAGCCACGCAAGGUGCAAAACCCUGUUAUCACCAAGAACCCAUCGAUCCAAGGAGACUGGCACGCGUUCCUCAAGGAGCCAACUCCAACCACGGAAGGAGCGUGGCCAAAGUCAUCGUAGGCGCCCUCGAUAGCUACCACACCCCGGGUUUGCUUCCCAUGCCUGUAACUGACCGAACCAAGGCUUUGUUGGUGUGUGUGUAUUUGUGUCUGUACGUGUGUGUACUUGUGUGUGUACUUGUGUGUGUAUGUGUGUGUGUGUGUGCGUAUGUGUACUUGUGUGUGUAUGUGUGUGUGUGCGUAUGUGUAUUUGUGCGGACAUGUGUCUGUGUGUGUGUCUAUCCCAUGUAAGCUUGUGUGCGCCUUGCCGUGCGGUGUGUAUGACGACAGAUUGCUCAGUUCUUUGUUUCAGUGUUAGUUGCUCAUCACUGCUGUAGGUGUUGGUUGUGUGUAGUAAAGUGCGCACAACAGCCA